GAGAGGGAGGGGUACAGAAAUAGCGUAGAAGGAACAUCAAAGAGCCAAGACAAAAGGGACUUUCUUUAACAUUUUUAGCUUAAGGCUUUGCACUGGAUGCUGCUGUAUGUGAUGCUUUACGAGAAAUAAUAAGCGAUAGAUUGGGUAGAGAAGCACAGAGCGAGAUUUGGAUUGAGAGGAUGGAAGCGAGGUGGGGGAGAAUGAUUUAAAGGGAAAGAAACGGAGGGAGAUUUAGAUAGAGCCCAGUGAGAGCGAGGGAAGAGAGCCAGCACAGAGCAGCAGAGGAGGUGGAUGGGAGAAGAGGAGAGGCAUUGACUGGAAACGUACACAUGGAAGAGAAGAAAACGCUUAUUUCAUGUGCUCGCUGUGCACGACUAAGAAGUGCGGCUGUCUGUCUGGAUUGAUAGUCAUUUGCUUCCCCCCGGCUAGAGGACAUACGAAGAGCACAGGCAGGCUGGGGAAUACAGGGCUGUGUCCAGAGGAUGAACAGGACGAUGUGGGCUCUUGGGCUGUGAUCGCUGUCCUCAGACCCCGUAGCCCACUGCACUGGAUCUGUUGCAGGCCGUUAGCCUCGCAGUUAGGCAGCAGCGGUCAGAGUGAUUGAUACAGAAUGAGCUCCAAGCACUACUCCGACUGGAUUCCCUACAGCACUUUAGAUGAUGAGGGCACCAACCUUCGACAGCAGAAACUGGAUAGACAGCGAGCCCUCCUUGAACAGAAGCAGAAGAAGAAGAGGCAGGAGCCUCUGAUGGUCCAGUCUAAUGUAGACGGGAGAUCUCGCACUCGUCGGACCAAACAGAGCGAGGAACAGGCUCCGCUGGUAGAAUCCUACCUCAGCAGCAACAGCAGCACCAUGUACCAUGUGCAAGAAGCGGAAAAGGAGGAGGUGAAGGUGAUAGCAGACACACAGCCACCUCGCUCCGCCAAAAAGGGCAAAGCAUCGGCCAGCUCCACUCCUCAGACGGGCAGCGACAAGAAGGAGAGGAAGGGGAAGCACAAAGCAGCGAUCGAUGGCCUGGCCUCGCUGCAGGAUGAUGGUCAGAUCCAGAUCCUGACGGUGGGUCACCCCAGCACAGAGGAGGUCGAAGCAGAGCCUGUCAUGAGCUGCACUCAGUCACAGAGUAAACAGGACCUGCGCGUCACCAUGCUCAAGAAAGGUAUAUCCAGCAGUAUGAAUUUUGAUGAAGAAGAGGACGACGAAGAUGAAAUUAGCUCAAGUUCCUCACAGCUCAACAGCAACACAAGACCAGGCUCUGCCACUAGUAAGAAGUCCUGCAAGGAAGUGGCCUCAGCACCCACUCCACCAGUCAAUGAACCUGCCAUUGAUGUAGAUGAUCUUGAAGAGUUUUCUCUGAGACCUGCACCCCAGGGGGUCAGAGUGAAGUGCAGAAUUACCAGAGACAAGAAAGGCAUGGACAGAGGCAUGUAUCCCACCUACUACCUUCACCUGGAGAGAGAGGAUGGCAAGAAGGUGUUCCUGUUAGCAGGCAGGAAGAGGAAAAAGAGUAAAACAUCAAAUUACCUCAUCUCCAUCGAUCCCACUGAUCUGUCUCGAGGUGGAGAGAGCUUCAUCGGUAAACUGAGGUCUAACCUCAUGGGAACUAAGUUCACUGUGUACGACAGCGGCCUGAACCCCAUGAAGAGCACCACCAGCCUUGAAGCUAGCAACCUGCGUCAAGAGCUAGCAGCCAUUUGCUAUGAAACCAAUGUUUUAGGAUUCAAAGGACCUCGCAAAAUGAGUGUCAUCAUUCCUGGAAUGAACAUGGACCAUGAGAGAGUGUCUAUCCGCCCACGAAAUGACCAUGAGUCACUGCUGGCGAGGUGGCAGAACAAGAACACAGAGAGCGUGAUAGAACUUCACAACAAGACACCUGUGUGGAACGAUGACACACAGUCCUAUGUGUUGAACUUUCAUGGUCGAGUCACUCAGGCCUCCGUUAAAAAUUUCCAAAUUAUUCACGACAACGACCCUGACUACAUUGUGAUGCAGUUUGGCCGCGUGGCAGAGGAUGUCUUCACCAUGGACUAUAACUACCCAAUGUGUGCCCUGCAAGCCUUUGCCAUUGCCCUCUCCAGCUUUGACAGCAAGUUAGCCUGUGAAUAGAUCUCAGCCUGAAGUCCAAUGGUGAACUGGUCCAUCUGUCCUCUCAACAAGGGCUGUUAAUGUAUCCUUGGGGCUGGUUUGAAGUCUCCAAAUCACCCAGCACCUUGGAAGUCCUGUAUAUCCCAAAAUGCUUUAUGGGCCUUAAGAUUUGUGUGUGUGUGUGUGGCAGCGGCGAUGUGGGAGGGGGGGUGGUGGGUGGUGGGAGGUUGGAUGAUUUUGGUCAGGGGAAGAAAACAAGCACAAAGAGUAAUCCACUUUCGAAAUCCAAUUCCUUUGUUUUUGAUAACUAUACUCAUUUUGUACUGUACUGGCAUUAUAAAAGCAAACACUAUUUCUUUAUGUAGUAGUUAGAGAAAUUUGACAUUUCUUUAUCUGUAAAUGAUAACUAACAAUUUCACAUCUGUAAGUUUUCAAAGUUGACUGGCUUUUAUGUAACCUGCCACACCAUCACCUCAAGCAUGAAUACUGCACAUAUAGUUACUGAAUUAACAAUAACAUGCACGUCACAAUAUAUUUAUUUUUUGGUAUUUAUGUAUUUAUUACAUGUUUUCUGUUAUCAUUCACAACAAUUGCAGCAGCAUUGGCUCCAUGGAGCUGCAAGCACAUAAAUUAGCAUUACAAGUAGGAAUAUCUCCUGAUCCCACACAAAACAACUAGCCUAUUGGACGUGAAUAGGGAAAAGGCAUGUUACACUGUGCUGUGUACCAUAUAUUGUGUCACAGUGUCAUGUAUGUGAAUGUAUAGGAUGAUGGGGCACUUUACUUUUAAGUCUGUCGUGGACGAGAUAUAGCUGUAAAUACUUUAUUGUGCCUUUGAAGACUAAUUCCAGUGUUAUGCUUUGGCCAAACAAUGAGCUGAGCUUGAAUUGGUCUUUGCUAUUCUUGCUAUCCUCACAUGCAUUGGAGAUCCUUCUCUGUAGCUACUUGUCUAAUGCAGAGUUCAUUAAGAUUGAUUUGAUGGAGUUGCAAAAACCUCCAGAAGAUAAUAAUCCAAAGUGCACAUUAUUGGACAACAUUGUAGUGAUUGUCCAGGUAUAUUUAAAUUACAUUUAGGGCCUAGAACACGUAAGACUGAAGAGGUGAAUAAUUAUUUACAUUUUACUGUAGAUCCGGCAGCAGAUAUAAUAUCCAAGUCACUCAGGCUUAAGGGUGUGCUCAUAUCUUCUGAUGUCUCCUUCCUGGAAAAAUAAAUGAACUGAACACAGAUUGACUUACUGCCAUCAAAUACACGGUAUCAGUGUAAAUCUGGCACAGCUUCAACCCUUGCAUAUUUCAUCUCUUGCUCAUAGUAUCUUUGAUUAAUUUUUUCUGCUCCACUGAGGUGGAGUUUGGUACAUUCCUCAUCUGACAGGCAGUAAGUUUCUAUAUCAUGUGGUUUAUUGCUCUUCACAUUCUUACUCAAAAUAGUAUCCCUCUUAUUCCUUAUGGGGAAGUGUUCUUUCUCAAAUAUAUGAUAGUAUUUUGUAUUUUAUGACCAUUAAAAAAAAAG